AUGGCAAAUAUAAAUGAAAAGUUAGUUGAAAUAGUUAGAUGCCAUGCAAUUUUAUGGGAUUUAACUAAUCCUAACUACAAGAACAUUAAGAAGAAAGCGGCAAUUUGGAAAAAUAUUGCGGAUGAAUUGGGAUUACCGAUUGAUGUAUGCAAAAAGAAGUGGAAGACCCUAAGAGAUUGCUUCUCCAGAGAACUUCACAAAAAACCAAAAUCUGUUCAAGCUGCUGAAGAGCCGGAAUCUUCUUGGAAGUUUCGUGACCAAAUGAAAUUUAUCAGGGAACACAUGAAACCAAGACCUACGACAAGAAAUAUUACAUCUAGCCUUUGUAAUAUGGAAGAUAUAAAUGAUUCACAAGCCCUGAAGAACCGGAAUUCGAUUUGUUUAAUUCCCCAGACCUGUUCCAACAACCACGCUAUCGAGCUCUAA